AUGUUGGCAUCACAAGGAGCUUGGAUAGCAACUGAUUCUUCACCAUUUUUGCAAUGUGAAAGCUUAAUUAUUCCUCUUUCUUUGUUGCAGUUGAUCGUAGCUCUGUGCGCCGUAGGGCUUGUUCGUGGCAGCGGCUUAUUGGCGGCCGCUCCUAUUGCAUACAGCAGCCACGCUAUCGCGGCACCAGCUGCAGUCGUCUCCCGGACUAUCACCCCCGCGGUCUCCUCCAUCUCCUCCUACUCUACCCAGACCGCGCACGCUGCCCCCAUCGCGACCUACGCCGCGGCUCCCGUCGCUGCCUACGCCGCUCCCCUAAUCUCUAGGAGCUACGCCGCUCCCGCCAUCAGCACCUACGCCGCUGCCCCCGCUGUAGUCACCCGGACUAUCGCUCCCGCCAGCACCUCUUACUCUUCCUACUCGUCCACCACCUCUCACGGUUCCCCCGUCGCCACUUACGCCGCCGCCGCUCCGGCUGUCGCCGUUGCCGCCCCCGCUGUAGCCACUUACGCUGCCCCAGCUAUCACCUCCUACGCCAGGACUUACGCCGCCCCCGCUAUCGCCUCUUACUCCAGGGCGUACGCCACCCCCCUCGUCUCCACUUACGCCGCGGCCGCUCCCGUCCUCCGCUCAGCUGUGUCGUACUCCGCUGCACCCGCCGUUUCUCACAUUUCCUACAACGCCCACGGCGCCAACUACGCUUGGUAA